UCACGACAAGACAUUUGCUCUUGAAACAAGACAUUUAUCAUUAUUAAGUGAGGCAGACACCGCAUAGCGGGAGAGAAGCACGUUUUCCUCUCUCGGUUGUCGUCCUCCUUCUUGUGCUAAAAUGUCAACCAGGCUAAACCGGCCGGACGUCCGGGAUCUGCUUCACUUCAACAGGAGAAGUCACGUCAAAGUCUCAAGUCGUGACCCUUCACACUCACGUUUAGAAUGCGAGCAUCGGGCGUACCCCCUCGUCGCAACGUUGACUCCGGGGGUGCGCCGCGCGGCCUGCACGUGGGCUUGUCGUGAUCCCGACUGCCUGGCGGAAGGGACCAAUCAGGCCGCGGAGGGGAGGCUGUGCCCGUCCCGGCUGCGUGACGAGCACACAGCCACAGAACCACACCGGCCGCGCCGAGCCGACACCGCCGACGCCGAAGCUGCCAAAUUUGGAAGUGACGAUGUCCGACGGCGAGCUGGUCAAGAAAAUGCUGAGGGUCAUCCUCCAGGCCAACAAGGGCGGAAUGUCGCUGUCGCGCCUGCAGUCCGAGUACAAGGAGCUGACCGGUGAACCGAUUCCACAUAAGCAGAUGGGACACGACCAUCUGGACACUCUGCUGGCCGGCAUGCCGUCUGUCGUCCACGUGGAACGCGGCCGCUCUGGAGAGGCGGCGUAUUUUGCCUCUGCGGACAAAGACGCGGCCCACGUCGCCAAGGUGAUGGCCCGCCAGCGGGGCUCCAAGAAGACCGGGCGACCCCACCUGGUGAACACCCAGAUGAGGGUCAAACCGACGGCCCUGCUCGUCCUUAAUGCAAAACCUCAAACCUCCCUGAGGCAGCCAAAUUACCGCGGACGCGGCGGGGCGAGAGGCGGCGCCGGCCACGGGGACUCGAGACGGUCGAGGGACCCGAAGGACGGGCAGGCGGAGAGCGGGACGGCCUCGCAACACCAAAAGACGUUCAACCAGACCCCCCCCAGAAGGUCGGAAAAGAGGAUGACACUCCCGUCGCGGUUCCAGAAGGAGGUACAGGCCCACCUUUCCAGGAACUCGCAACAGACGAGUCCACCUUCGCGUUUAAAUGACAGUUUGGACUGUGGCAAAGGCAAAGUCUACAACCCUCAGCAGGUCCAGAGCUGCAUUAAGGAUAUUCUGUCCCAGUACAGCAAUGGCUUCUGGGUGUCCAAACUGCCUCAGAUCUACAAAGAACUUUAUAACCAGGACCUGCCGACUGAGGCCAUCAGAGACCUGGAGACCUGGAAGCACAUAUGCACUGUAGAGCGAACAUGCAGCAGCAACCCGUCCGAGCUGCUUCUCUACCCCGCCAAGGCUCAGACCACCGCCCCCACGUCUUCCAGCUCCGCACCCCCGCAGUCCCCCGUCCACCAGAAACCCCAACUGAAACGCUCCGACUCUCGGCCGCCGUCGUCGUCGCCCGGCCCCCCGUCUUCGCCGGCUUCCCUGAGCCCUGAGCUGAAGCUGAAGCUGGAGGAGCUGCUGCUGAAGUACUCCAGCGGCCUGUGGGCCCACGCGUUGCCCAAGCUUUUCCAGGACGCCUAUAAAACCAAACUGCCCGGGCACGUCCUCGACGACCUUCAGCUCCUCUCCGACAUCUGCACCGUGGACUACCCGAUGCCCGACAACCCGAAGAGGGCCAUCCUUUACCGGAGGAGCAGCGGCGGCGGAGGAGGAGCCGAAGACCAGAACUGGAACAGGAGAGGCUCGACGGCCGCUGAGGAGGAGCGGAGAGCGAAGCGGGACGAGGCCAAGAGACUCUGUGAUUACCCGGUGCCUGCCCUGCACGUCCCCAAAGACGAGUAUCCGUCUGUGCUGGCGGUGGAAGCCGCAAACACCAAUCAAGUUGUCAUAAGGUACAUAGGCGAGAGCUACUCGCAGGCUCAGGAGCGGAUGGAGGAUGAAAUGCGGGAAUUUUACAGCCCGGACAGGAACAAGAUGAAUCCUUGCUCAUCUCCAUCCUCGGGCCAACUUGUGGCGGUCAAGGGUGAGGAGGAAGAGGAAGUUCUGAGGGCUCAGGUCUGCGAGCUCGUGGGAGACAAGGUUAAGGUGCACUUUGUGGAUCACGGCUUCUCGGAAGUGGUCGGCAAAGCGAAACUUUUUGAGCUGCACGAGAAAUUCUUCCAGCUUCCUUUCCAAGCCACCAAGGGCCAACUGGCGGGCCUGGAGCCCUUCUGCCAGGAUCCCGCCGUGCUGGCGACAUUUGAGGCGAUGGCGAGCGGGCGGAUCCUUUUGGCCGAAGUCCUGCAAAGAAGCCAGACCCCGUUGAUGGUGUUGUACGACACGUCGCAGGAUGACGACGUCAACAUCAACGCCGCCUGCAUGAAAGCCCUGCAGGACGAGACUCUGAGCAGUCCCCUGCAGGUCAACAGCGCCUACAUGAACGUGAGCGUCACGAGCGUCUGCUCUGACGGGACCCUCUCCUGUCAGAUACCCUCCAGGGGUCUCGCCAAGCUCACCGAGGUCCUGGAGAACAUCGAGACGUACUUCACCUCGCAGGUGACGUCAGAGCUCUUGGUGUCCAGACCCUUCUGCGGGAAAAGAUGCAUGGCUCGCUUCAAAGGCAAAUGGUCGCGUGUUGAGAUCACAAACCUGCACGGCAGCAGAGUGUUGGACAUCGUCUUCCUCGACGUGGGAGUCCAGGCUUCCGUGGAGGUCUUUGAGCUCAGGGAGAUCCCGCAGAAGUUCCUCCGUGACCUUAUGGCCCUCCCGCCGCAGGCUGUCAAGUGUUGCCUGGCAGACGUCUCAGCCAGCGUCGGGUCGUGGACUCCUGACGCCGUCCAGUGGCUUCGGGAGAAAGUUCUCAACGCCACCGACUGCAGCAUGAAGGUGGCCAGAGUGGACAAGAGUAAACAGUGCGUCUCUGUUCACCUCUUCGCUGACAAGAACUUCCACGACCCGGCAUGUAGUCUCAACCGUCAGAUGGCCCGCUUGGACCUGUUCAAGCAGCAACCCGACGUCUACCUGACCAGCCACAGUCCCAUCAAGCUCGGCGCGCCCGCCAAAACCUCGAGCGGCGACGUCAGCAACGGCAGUCCGAGGUCCGCUCCGGUUGCGGGCAGGUCUCAUCUCGCGAGGCUUCCGUCCGGGGCGAAAGGCAGCCCCCGCGCGACCCCCGACGGCCCACCCGGGGCGCAGCCGUCCCCCUCGCCCUCCCUCGCGCUUCCACCCCUGCUGGAGCUGCCCCCUGCAGGAAACAACAUGGACGUCUACGUAUCCGUGGCUUGCCAUCCGGGCCACUUUGUCCUCCAGCCCUGGAGGGACAUGUACAAGCUGGUGGUGCUGAUGGGGGAGAUGAUCCUCUUUUACAACCAAAGCGACCAAAGGCCGCCAAACGUGCAGAAGAAUCACGUCUACGCGGCCAAAGUGGAGUGCAACUGGUAUCGGGUUUUAGUCAAGGGGGUUCUCACCAACGGGCUGGUGUCCGUUUACGAGUUGGACUACGGGAAGCACGAGCUGGUCAGCUGCACGCAGCUCAGAGUUCUUAACAAGGAGUUCCGGCAGCUUCCCUUCCAGGGUAUCACCGCCCAGCUGGCCGGAGUGAAAACGAGGCAUUGGUCCGAGGAAGCUUCCAUGGUCUUCAGGAACCACGUGGAGAAGAAGCCCCUGGUGGCCCAGCUGGAGGCGGCGCAGGAGGCCGCCGACCCCUGGGACAGAAAGCUGACGGUCUUCCUGGUCGACACGUCGCAGCAAGACGACGACAUCUGGGUGCACGACAUCAUGGCGGAGUUUGCCGACGAACUCGCGUAGGUGUAGAUUUUCCAAAAUGUGCGCAGUCUUAGCCGUUACCGAAACCUUUCCUGGAACUAAAAAAGGGGCAGCGUAGCGCGAGAGCAGCGAGGAUGGAGCCCGGGGGGGGGGGGGUCUCGGCUUCCAGCUGCUAGCUGCUCUCGUGCGGAAACUGCAGUGCUGCGGAAAAGUGUCAAAUUCUGCUGAGCUACGCUCUUUACUUGGCCGGUCUAGUGGCAAAUAUUUGCAUCCUUUCCCAGCUAGUGUGCAGAUAUUAUUAUUAUUAUUAUGUGAAAUUAACAAAUGCAUUUUACUUCCAAAGUACGCACGACAUUCCACUCUGCCCAGCGGCGCAAACGACUUUAAAAGGCUGCGGACCGGACGACGUGCUGAGCUGCACUAAUUUAUUGAUUAUUAUUAUUUUUUUAAAAAUCUUACACUGUUAUUUGCAUUUUAUUUAACAAUAAGAUAAAAAGUUGAGUAAUAAAGCUGUGACAAGAA